AUGACACUUUCCAUUCUGAUAAACACGGUGGCAAAAGUAUUGGUAAAGGCAGCUGAGGGACAGACCUUCAUCAAUGUGCUUAAGUCAAUGAAGGUGAAUUUCGACCCUGACAAGGCUGAUGUUGCAGUCCAAAGUGUCGUCACUACAAAAAAAGGAGACAUGCUCAUUAGAGCCAAAGGUAUGAAGGACCAGUGGCCCCCCGUCUCAGCUUCGCCCAAGACUUACGAAAUGGAAUACCGUAGUGUGUUGACAUGUUUUGCCUUUCAGGUUCAGAGGCUUGCUGAGUACGAGAAGUACAUGGGAACCAACGCGUUCCCCUCCCUGAGUCCCCGCGUCUUUGGCGUCAAUCAGGCACGGCUCGAUGAAAGUGGCCUUUCCAAGCCGGUCCUUGUCAUGCUGCAGCAGCUCCUCGCCAAGGGCCCCUCCGCCCAAGGUAUCUUCCGCAAAUCCGCCAACCUGAGGGUCGUCCGAGAGCUCAGGGACCAGACCGAGUCCUCGGGCUACAUCAGCUGUCUUGAGGAUGCGUCUGUACUCGCAGUGGCCGCCCUACUCAAGGACUUCCUGAGAUCUUUGCCCAAUUCUCUCCUUACUUCUCACCUUUUCUCCCUGUGGAUUGACAGCCUUGAGUCUCCGGACCCACUCAAGACGAUCAAAAGCACUUUGGACUGUCUGUCGAGGGCAAACUACAUGCUGCUGUUGCACUUGAUCGGCGUGCUGCACCACACAGCCCGGCGAUCGAAGGACAAUGUCAUGUGCGUAUUUGUUGAGUCCGUUCAGUUUAUGUGCGGAAGUUGUGGUUUACGAAUAGAAAGGAACUGCCUCGACGAUCAUCCGUGGUUUCUAUUUGACUGCUUCUUAACAAUUGCAGAUAAUUACAUUUAUUUCAUACCAAACAACAAUGAAUCUCUGCAGCUUGUACUGCAAAGGAAAGCCACUGUAAUUAAAAAUGACCUUGAAACUUCAAAAGUUUUCGAAAAUGCUCUUCCAGUUAAUCGGAUCAGUAAGAUCGGUGAUAAUAAUGUUAGUAUCCGUCAACAAAACCAGCUACGUACCGAAACUCUUGCUUGUAUGGAGGGUAAAACAAAAACCAAAGAACCUGAAGUUUUAUGGACAGCUGAUAAAGUAAAGUUGUUAUUACAUUUGUACGUUGAAAUCAAUAACAGAUAUGCUGACGGUACUGUUCUAACUAAAAAACACCUGUACCGUAGCAUUUGUGAUAAAAUGACCAAACAUGGUUGUGAUUUUGAUGUUCACCAAUUAGAGAACAAGCUGAGAAAUUUAAAAGAUCAAGAACUAGAAAAUGCUUUCCGUAAUGAUCACGCAGUGAUCCCUACUGCGACUAUUGACAACACAAAAAUAUAUAGAUACGUCGUCUGCCUUCGAAGACUCUGCUAA